ACCCUUGCGCACAUACGUUUCUCUCUUGUUUAUCGAAGCGCCGUAUAACCACGCUAAUUUCCAGUACGUUAACUCAUCCUUUGUGUCAAACUCACGUUUAUAUAUAUACACAUAUAUUAAGCUGAAAUUAUGCCACACGCUUUGUUUGGCACAAAAUUCCGGAAGUUACAAUCUUUAUCAAUUACAACGAGACUAAAACAAGUAACAUAAAAAUCGUCCUACGUGAAUUAACCUUUAAAAAAAAAUUUUUUAUUUAUGAAAUUUUUUCACGAAUUUUCUAUGAAAUAGAAUAAAAAUAAAAUAAGUCGAAAAAUUCAAAAUUUACAAUAAAAUGAAAAAUAUAAACGAAAAUAAAAUUGAUAAAAUGUCUUGGACGACGAUUUGUAGGAAAUCAGAGUCCGUAACAGUGACGCGUGUAUUAUCGGAAAAUUAUAUUCAAAAUUCAAAGGAAUUUGACUCUAGAAGAACAAUUUCAACUCGUGGGAUCAAUUUCGGAAACUUUGAGUCAAGUUCUGUCCGCAAAUUAUCAAGUUGCGGUGAUUCAGAGUCUGACGGUGAGUAUCAGACUUCGAGUGAAGGUCGCUUACUUCCUGAACCGGAAACACUGCAUCCGUCACGAUGCAGAACACGUAAAUCCGCUUCGGCAAGUUGUACUCUUGCUUCUCAUGAAGCGAAAAUUUCAACAUUACUGGAGCAGAGUUUAGAGUUGAAGAAAAUUGAAAAUAGAGACAAAAAAAGGAGUAUUGUGCCAAAAAUGAAGGAAUUUGUUAAUACAAUGAAAAAUGUGACAGAAACUACUGUUCAGUCAAUUGAGAAAAUGAACGAAUCACUAUUGAACUCGAAAUUCUCAUCUGACACUGACGACAGAAGAUAUUUGCUCUCGGAUUCUUGUAAAACUUUACAAUCAAGAAGCUCUGAAUCUAAUUCUGUUCUCUUCACAGCGAAACAUUCCAAUACAGAUGUUCAAAGUGUUUACCGAGAAAGAAAGUUUCAUUCAGACUCUUAUUCGUGUUCUAUUGAAGCAGAAUCUCUAAAGGAUAUCUAUAAAGGAAAUGAGAAAAAUUGUUUACAAUCUCACAUGGACGAUGAUUCAAAUAUUGACAUAGUUGGAAAUGAAAUUCAUUUAACCGAGGCAAAUAAUGAGAAGGCUAAUCACAAAGAGGCGAAAAGUUUUUUGAAUUUGUCACAUAUUGUGACCCAGAUAAACAAGGAGCUCUCACCAUUUCCUGAUAAAAUCGAUCAAAUUUUGAGUAAAGUUCAAACUGAUCUGCAUAGAAUGCGAAUCGAGACAGCAACAUUGAAAUUAGGUCAUUUUCCGAAUAAUACAAAUUUUACAAAUUAUCAUUCUCAUUGUCUAUGGUCUAAUAAAUCAUUUAAUACAAAUUAUCAUCAUGAUAUGCUGCAAUUGCAAAAUAGAUUUGAAAAAUUUAUGUUUCCUCGAAAUUAUUUUUGUCAUAAACCGAUGAGUUACAUCUGUGGAAAAUGUCAUCAGCAUUCGGAGACAAUUCUUUCCGAAAAUAGCCAUUUUCCAAAUUCCUCUAUGUCAAGCAGUUCGUACAGUUUAGGAGGAUAUUGCGGUGUUCAUGACAAUUUACAGCAUCUCAGCAUGAAUGAUUUUCCAAUUGUCAGGCAGGACUCCCAUCGAAACAUUCUGCCUGUAAAUUCGGAAAAUUUGCAUCGUCAUUACAAGAGUAAAGUACCUUUUUCAAUGUGCUCUUGCCAAAUGCAGAAAAAAUUGCACAAUUCAAAAAAUUCGAGAGAAGAAACGAAGAAUGUGAAGAAAUAUUGGAAACAUAAAAAGAGAGAAUGCAAUCGUCGAAAACGUCAUCGAUAUAUACCAAAAAAAAGUUCAAGUUCCGUAACGUUAAAAAGUUCACAUAAUCAAAUUGGUGAAAAUAAAUCCAUUGAAACUAUUAGAAAAAUCAAUAAGAACAUGAAAGAAAUCAUCUCUAUUAAGGAAUCCAUGAAUUAUAAACAGGAAGUCGAGUCCGGAAAUUCCUCGUCUGAAAAUACCAUUAAAUCGGAAAUGAUGUUUUCGUUGAAGAAUUUUGUAAAAAAAGAGGAAAUGGAAUUUCAAGUUUCCUCGGCAAAUGUAUUAGAAACUCAGGAAUCUUCUUCGUGUCGUGAAAAAAUACCAUCGUAUUUCAUUGAAAAAGAUUCCUCUCCAUCCAAUGAUGACAGAAAAAGCAUUUACACCGAAUACAAAGAAUCCAUUCAAGUCACUGAACAAAAUGUCAAAUGCGAUAAAGCCUGCAACACUGAAAGUAUCGAUGUGACAUCGUAUCAGUGGAAAAAUCAAUUACUUUCAAAAAAGGACACUUUAAAUACAACUGAAAUUAGAAAAAAGAAAGAAAAUUCAAACUUUUGUUUACCGACAUCGAUGGAAAAAAUUUCUCAUGAUUCCAUGAACAAUAUCACGCGAAAAUCAAUUUCGUGUCAACACUCGAAUUUGUCCAAGACGCAUGAAAGGAUUACAAUUGUGCCGAUAAUUUUCCCAACUGGAAAUUGGAAUGAGAAGUUUCCGGGAAAAAAUAGCGUGGAAAAUAAUAGACGCGGAGAAAAACAAAUACUUGAAAGUCAAGGGAAAUUAUUGUCCUCGGCAAGUGAUUUUUCAUUGUCAGAAUCUUUUGCCACGGAGAUAACCCAGUUGGCGAAAAAAUGUGCUUUCAUUGUUGACACCAAAGAAUCUGAAAUUUUGACGAAUGACAUCAGCAGCAGCAGUUCUUAUUCAUUUAGCAAUUCCUCGACACAAAUUAGACAAGAAGAAAAACAAAGAGUCAAGAAAGUGUCUUCAGGGAAUAAUGAAACCUUUGAAAAUAUUGCGAAAAAUUCAGUUACCGUUAGAAGGAUUCUGGGGAUUAUAACUUCGCCUGAGGAUUUCAUGUAUGAAUGAUUCUUUAAUCCUGUAUGGAUUUUCCCUGAUAACUGGUGUAUUUCAAAUAAAAAAAAAAGUUUUACUUUCA